AUGGGAGAUCAUCUGGAGAGGUUGGGAUCCGACGGGAUGGAAGCAUGCUCGAAGGGGGGGACCGAGCUGCUCAUGGAGAUCGAAGCGCCGCCGUUCCGCGAAGGCGCGGCGACGGCAGAAGAUUGGCGGAAGGCGCUGGCUAAGGUUGUUCCGGCGGUAGUCGUCCUGCGUACAGCGGCCACCCGGGCCUUUGAUACCGAGGCUGCAGGCGCCGGCUACGCUACCGGGUUCAUCGUGGACCGCACUCGUGGGAUAAUCCUGACAAAUCGUCACGUUGUCAAGCCCGGUAUUGUUCACGCUUUUCCCUGCCCGUCUUCCAAAUUCUCAGACUAGGAAUUCGUUUGGUACGCUUCCUGAUUACCAUGGCAUUUUUUUCCGCGCCUCUGUAGGGCCUGUAGUUGCUGAGGCAAUGUUUGUUAACCGAGAAGAGAUUCCGGUGUAUCCUGUGUAUAGGGAUCCGGUGAGUUGUUGGCCCCGCAAAUUUCUCAAUUUCGAUUUCAAUUUUUUUGUCAUAGUUGAACGAAUGUAUUCUUUUCUAAGUAGAAGUCGGGUAUUAUUUCCAUUAUUUUAUUUUUUAAUUGACUAUGCAUUCCGUAUUCUAGUGUUAAAUAUUGUAUUUGGCUUUUAUAAAGCAUAAAUUCAACUCAUUUACUCAGUGACGAGGAAAAAUGCCUGUUGACCUUCUGGUUAGCCUCUAUUUGCUAAGUUCAUCAUCCCUUUCCCUUAAGGUGAUGAACGAGAACAUUCAAUUAUUUUAAGGCCACUUCCUGGUCAAAGUUUCCUGUGCGAAUGUUUCUGGAAUUGGCUCUGCUCUUAAGUUCUCCCAAUAAUUGAUUAAUAAUUGAAUUUAUCCCUGUUGAUAUUUACACCUGUCGCUUGAAUGAGUCUUUUCCUCUGAUUUGCACCAUCACCUGAUUCUUUCAAAACAUAAAACAAUUCUCGGUUGGACUGCUUUAAGAGAGCCUUCUUAGUCAUUAUGGUAAACAUAAGUCCAAGUCAAUGUGUUAAAUUUCAUUGUUCUUCACCUUCUUGCAUCAUGCUUCCUAUUUUAAUUUUUUUUUGCACUCGAUUGCAAAUUCUCAUUGCAUGAUCAUGACCUUUGAAAGCAUGCAAAAAGUCAAUAAACAUAUAAUGAGGCACGGUGUUUAUGAAAUUUUCUUAUGUUGAUCAGAUUUAGUGAUUGGUCAUUCAAAUCACUUUGUGUUAAAUUUCAUCGUUCUUCACCUUCUUUAAUCAUGUUUCAUAUUUUCAUUUUUUUUCUGUGCGCUUGAUUGCAAAUUCUCAUUGCAUGAUCAUGACCUUUGAAAUCAUGCAAAAAGUCAAUUAACAUAUACUGAGGCAUGGUGUUUGUGAAAUAUUCUUAUGUUGAACAGAUUUAGUGGUUGGUUCUUCAAAUCACUUUGGGUUAAAUUUCAUUGUUCUUUGCCUUCUUGCGUCGUGUUUCAUAUUUUUAUUUUUUUCUGUCCACUCGAUUGCAAAUUCUCAUUACAUGAACAUGACCUUUGAAAUCAUGCAAAAAGCCAAUAGACAUAUAAUGAGGCACGGUGUUUGUGAAAUUUGGUAAUCAGAUUUAGUGAUUGGUCCUUCAAAUCACUUUAUGUUAAAUUUGGCUUGAGAGCCCUCUAUGAUCAAGAAAAUAGCAACGCCCCAAUCGCAUGAAGAUGUAGUAUUGUUAGAAAUGCAUGGUUCAUGACCUUUGGUUAUCUCUGUGUCAUCAAGCUAUUUGGGAUGCUGGCACAUUCUGUAGAAAAGAGUUUCUCCUCACUUAGUCUCAGGUUCAACUUUUGGUAAUUUUUGGGCGCAAAACGACUUAGUCUCAGGUUCUCAGAUUCAGCUAUAAACGAGUUUUAAAACUAAUGAUAAUUCUUGGAAUUUGUGUCUUUUAAGGAUCCGUAGAUUUUGGUAGGCCAUGUUCUUUGAGCUUUAGUCUUUUGAACGAUUAGAUUGACAUUGUUUCCACCUCUGACUUCAUUCUCAACUUGCAUAUUCAUUGAUGUUUGCUUGUAUAUGUUUUACUCACCAUUUUAUGACGGAUGUUCUUAAUUUCUUGUGGUACUUUGUGGGGAAAUACGUUUAUCAUAUUUGCUUUUGGUAUCACCUAAAUCGAAAUCCUCUGUAUUUGGUUUCCUGAUUGCUUCAUUAUUCCUUCAUGUAUGGAUGCUCAUAUUUUACUCACCAUUAGAAAAUGUUUUUAUUUUCCUCUGCUGCUUUGUGGUGUUAUGCUUGUCACAAUGUCCUUCCCUUGUCCCUUUUGGAAGCUAGUCUUCAUUUUAUUGAUAUCAGCGAUACUUUAUAUGCACUAUUAGGUUCAUGAUUUUGGCUUCUUUCGUUAUGACCCGGAAGCAAUCAAAUUUCUGAGUUAUGAGGAAAUUCCACUUGCUCCUGAAGCUGCAUGUGUUGGACUGGAAAUUCGAGUAGUUGGCAAUGAUAGUGGUGAAAAGGUACAUUCAUCUCCACAUGUAGUCCUAUGUUCAAUUUUCAUGUGAAGUCUUCUUUGUGGAUGGAUUUUAUUGUGAUCAAAUAUGAGACAAUUUUUGUUACUAGUUGUUCAUGCAAAGAUUAAACUUACUGAAGAUUUUAUGAAAAGUUACACUAGCUUUAGUGUUUGAUUUGCACCUAGUUAUUAUGUUUCUUGAUCUGUUGUACAUAUUGGGCUAACGUAAAUUGCAAGAAGAUUUAAAAAUAAAUUUCUGCUGGAUUUUGAAUGCCUGAUAUGUUAUUGAGCAAGAGAACAACUAUCGGUGAAACUUAAUGGCUUAUGUAAUAUCAUACGUCAAUAUUAACAACAUUUCCAUGGAUGACUUCUUAUAUGUAUUUAUGCUCAGAAAUCAAGAGAAUAUGAUAUCUAUGAAAAAUUUGAGAAGAUACGUCCUAAAAGGAUCAACCCUCUUUACAACCUUUGUAAUUUCUAGUGCUUGUAAUAGAGUUAGAGAAUGGGCUAUGGCAUGUUGUGUGUUGCUGGAGUAGAGAUGCAUUCCUUAUAUCAGGGGCUGAAUGUCAAAUCUAGGCCUUGUCACUUUGGUGCAGACUACAUUAUUCUUUAUAUGGAGGGUUUUUUCAGAGCUCAUCUAAAAUAUGCAUGUACCUGUUUUUCUAUUCAGCUUCCUUUGCGAGAGUAGUAGUAGUGUUGAUCGGUAUGAAUCAUAGUGGUCACAGGAUUCUUGGUUUUCUAGUCUCUAUGAUUGUAUUCAUCCCAUGAAAUACCAUCAUGGGAGAGGUUUGGUCCUAAGGCUGGAUUUUGAGAAUGCUAAUAAUCGAGUGAAAGAUGGAUAUAUGUUUUGAAAUAGGUUUUUACAUUCUCUCUUUGCUUAUAUAUUGAAAAUGUGGUGCCAUACUCGUUCUAGAAAAGGAUUUCAAAUGAAUGUGCCACAUCAUCUACUGUUAAAAACCUCUCUUUAUAACAUAAUUGUAACAAUGAUCACUAAAGGCACAUAAAGCAUGUGCUCACAUAAAGCAUGUUUUAGCUUUGUUGUAACAGUUGUUAUCCGUACCUGGUUGCUUGUAUGACUUUUUUAGUGUAGUGACUUGCAUUUUAUGUAUCUUUAAAUUGCAUCGCUGAUAAAAGAGCAAGUAAUUGGUAUAUCAUAAUGGAACUAAAGGAGCAUCUCUCCUUGAAUUUAAUUGCACUCUUAAUACAGCUGAAUGAUCUGAAUAAUCACCUAAGGACUAUCACUUAUUUACAUUUAUAGGCUGCCAUAUAAAUUUGUCAUGGUGUCUUAAUAACCGUGUAUGGUUUGCCAUCAAAAGUGAGUGGACAGAAAUUCGAAAGUAGUCAUUGGUUAAAAUCGAAGUCGACAAUAAUAUGGGUCAUCUGUCCUUCAUUUGUUUUACAGCGUUUUUUGUUCACAUUAAUGACUUUUGAAUCUUUGAUCCUAUAUCAGAGUCUUAAGUUACAGUUGAUUCUCGAGUCCUCUAAAUUUUCAUUGAGUCUUUAUGUCAUGAACGCUUUUAGUUUUAUUGUUACAAACUCAUUUGCUUUGAUUUCAUCUAUUAGUUACUCAAUUUUGGUCGAAUGGAUCUUUGUUGAUUUCUGUAAUUACGAAUGUGCAGGUGUCAAUAUUAGCAGGCACCCUUGCUCGGUUGGACAGGGAUGCUCCUCAUUACAAAAAGUACAUAUUUUCUUCUUUACGCUUGUCUCUGCAAACAUGAAAUUUAGGUCUUAAGUCAUGCUCGAGUUUGGAAAGUGACCAGUAAUAACAUGCGAAAAUGUGUGAAUACAACCGGUCAUCUUGAAUGGAAGCCUUUGUUUACUUUUAACAUUACCAAGAGAACUAGUCUAAGAGCCUUCAUAUGAAUAUGGAAUCAAGCCAGACUCAGUUGGAUGGACAAAAAAAAAAUCGGUUUGAUUUGAAACUUUGUUUGGUGGUCACUGGACCAAAAGGUCUGAUGUGAACCUUGAAUAGAAUUGUCAAUCCCAAUGCUAUGGGUUCAAAAGACCACGGGUGGAAUUUACUUUUUGCUGUGGAAGUCGAAUGCUUAUGAGGCUCAAUGACCUUGUGUGGACUUGGUGUUUAGUACUCAAAGGUCAAGGCAGCCUGGUUGCUAUCCUUGUAGAUACUUUUCUUCACUUCCAUCUUUCCUUUCCUUGGACACUAAUGCAAAAGCUAGUCCCUCUUUCUGAUGGAGGAAUAAUAGCACAAGCUGAUUUAUUUCGCCAUGAACUUUGGUCGCCAUCUCUGUUGGUUAUGUUUCCACCUCUUGCGAUUGUUGCUCACCAUCUGAUGGGAACCUAGUGUCAAAUGCUGCACCUGUUUCUGUCAAGUAGGAUGAGUAUUGUAUUGUCUUCUGAGCUACGUCAUAGUAACAGGGAAAGCUCUAUGAUUUGGUCAGUUUUUUGGCUGGAAAAUCAGUUCAUAAAUCCAGUUAAUGACUGGUGACUGGCAUGUUCUUAAGUCAUCACAAUAGCAUCAAGAAUGUUUUACCUUUUGUAGUAUGAGGAUGGAGUAAACCCGCAGGCCACUUGGGAAAAUAGCCCCCUUAACUGAAAACCAAUCAGUAAUAUGUGUAGAACUUGCCGGAUUUUCUCUUCCUUGUGUAAUACGAUUUCCCCAAGUGCAAGAAAACUUUGAAUUGGCAUUUCAUUAGCGUAUGCAAUGUUGUAGUCAUUGAGAGCAUCUUGUAUGCCAUGUUACCACCUGUUUUGAAUUUAUUGGCCUGCGGAUAAGGUGCCCAAUUAUAGAAUUAGAAUAGAUAGUCCGACAAAUCACUUAUCCAUUACUUAUUUUAUCUGAUAAUGGUAUCUGUAGUUGUAAUCCUAAGAUUGUAGCUAACUGAACUACUACCUGUGAGUUGAGAUUGGACUCAAAAGACAAACCGUAUACAGUCUUAAAUAUUAUUUAAAGGUGCAAAAUCCACCAUUCAUGAGUAUUAAUAUAUGGAAGAUGUUGAUGUAAGUUGCUUCUAUUUUUAUUUUUAUCGAAAUUUUUUUAUACCAUUAUCUUUCACGCUUACCACAUGUAAGGGGUCAUCUGUAACCUUUUCACCAUAAACUUUUUUAUUUUUAUCUACACUGCGGCUUACCCAGGAAGUGGUUAGUUUUUUUGGGUAUUCCAUCUAGACACCCCACAACAAAACCAAUCCAAACAUAUGCAUACCCAGCGACGAAAAAAGCCAAAUGAAUAUUCACUGUAUUUUCAUUGGAUUUAUGGGUAUAUUAUUUCCUAAUUGCAUGUUUGUCUUUAUGAUUUCACUGACAUUCGUUUUCCAUAUUUACGAUAUAGGGAUGGAUACAAUGACUUCAACACAUUCUACAUGCAGGUAAUUCUUUCACCAAUCCUUGUGGCUUUUAAUCAUGAGAUUUAUGGCUCUUGUGUAUCUUGAUUCUCUUUACAUUCUUUACAUUCCCUUGUGGUAGAUAAUAUGACAGAAAGGAUGUCACUACCACAAAUUAGUCGGAUAAUAUCACCUGAUAUUCCUUUACAGCACUGCUAAAGUACAUUAUUUUUAAUGAAAUUUUUUGAUGGCCAUCAUAGAUCAGUGUUUUUUCCAGCUAACGUUUACCAAUAUUUGAUGAUCUAGGACUGGGGCUAGUCAACUUAUAAUAUUUAAAAUCUGAAAGUACAUUUGAUUGCCUCUAUUCUAAAUUUGGAGCUUUGAUGGAGUAUAUUAAGGAUGGAGAUAGUCAAAAGGAAAACCUUAAAGAUGUCUCCAACAAACAGUGGGACACUGUAAAAGAUUGUCUUCAUUUUCGUUCUUCAUAUCUGAUGCAUCUUGAGAUUACUGCAGAGCUGACUGGUUAUUGGCUUUUUAACAACUGUUUGAUGACGGGUUCCUAGUUUCUCCACUGAUUGCUUAAUUUAGAGGCUGACAUGAGAUCAGCUAGGGGAUUCUGCCAAGUAAGACAGAAUGGAGGUCCUGGAUUAUUCCAUAUCUGAGAUGGUAGUAUCGUCUUACUCAUUAAGUGGAUAGACAUUGGAGACAAGAGGAAGGAAACUUAUUGCUGGAAAUUAUUGAGCAAAAACUGUAGAAGAGAAAGGCCACGGGCCAAAGGAGAGUAUCAAACGGUGAUCGAGUUCUUAGCUUAAUCAUUAUCGGGGACUUGAAUAUUUCAUUAUUCAUUAUCCGGGCUUAAAAAAUUCCAGUUGUAUAUAUUUUUUUUUUUCUACUGCGACAGUGAUGCUGAUAUUUUCUGGAAAUGCUAAUGGGGGUAUUGUUGAGGACCCAUCCAUUGCAUAGGUGAAUGACCUCACUUCUGAGGCAACUUCUAUAGUUCUUUUUUUAAGUUGUUUAUCAAAGGUGAUUUUGUUUUUUAAAAAAUUAUUCGAGACCAACAGAUUGUCUCAUAAAAGGGUGCUUUCUGGUGAUUCAUGUACUAUAAUGCAAAAAUUGUGGCUGUAGCACUUGAUAAUUAACAUCUUACAGGAUGAUAUUCGAAGUCAAGACUCAAAAUAGUGUCCAUUUUGUUUGUACAACAGACAGGAAAUUUUCAUCUGGGAAGGGUUAUAUUUCCAUCUAAUAUCUUAUCAACAAACGUUUCAAGAUGCCUAUGCGGACAAGUGCCGCUUUUGUACAACAGACAGGAAAUUAAUGUGUAGCCAAACUAAUGAGGCUGAACAGUUUUUACUUUGAGUAUGGCUCAUUGUAUAUAAAGGCUUGGGAUUUCUACCUAAACUGAGCACACAAUAAACGGGGGCUUUCUCAUCAAUUUCAGCUACAAUGUUUUUGAUGAGCAUUGUGCUGGUCUUUUCUUAUUAUGAUGAUUAUCAUUCUUGUUGCAGGCUGCUUCUGGAACAAAAGGUGGAUCAAGCGGUUCUCCAGUUAUUGAUUGCCAAGGAAGGGCUGUUGCCUUGAAUGCUGGGAGGAAAUCUUCUAGUGCUUCUGCCUUUUUCCUUCCCUUGGAACGAGUUAGUCUAUGUUCUGUUGUUGCAAUUUAAUCAAAGUUAUAUAUAUUUUUACAACUUGUCUGUUUCAAGUUUCAUGUCACAUAUCUGGAAUGUCCUUUGGCUGUCUGCAAUCUAUCGUCAAGUUAAUUUUUACCUGUGUACUCUUUCAAUAAGUGCCACAAACGUAUUCUUAUGCUUGACCUUGGAUUUCUUUUUUUAUCAACUUAGGAUAAUGAUACUCCAAAUACCAAGAAUCGCAGUUCCUUUAAUAGUUUUAAAACCAGGACUAGGAUUCUUGUUUUCUUCUUUUUGUUUUCACAGCAGAUUUUAACUUUUUCCUUUUCUUUUGUCUAGAUUCUUGAUUCUUGAUUUUUUAAAAUUUUCAAUUACCUGCUAACUUUUGGUUCUGUUAGUCAUUACAAUCAUCACCAAUAUUUCUUCUCUCUGCAAAGGCUGAUAGUAAUAACUUUACUUUAUAAGGUCCAUACUGCUACCUGAGUCAGGUAUGCCUUUGACUUGAUUUGAGUCCAACCAGUAGUACACAAUAAUUUUGUUUCAUUAAAUUAGCGAUGCAUUGUGCAAAAGCUUCUAUGUCGAUUUUCACCGAUAAAGAGAUCCAACUAUUUUUACGGUAUCCCUGGCCUUAAUAUCAUUGUCUUUUCCUUCGUUUUUUGGUGCCGUAUUUGGUUUCGCUGAUAGAGUGCUGAAUGUUUUUCGAUUGAUGGGAAUAUUGAAAUUUUCAGAAUAUAAUUUAAACUAUUGAAAUGUGUUUUUACUGGAUGAGUUUCUCACUGGUUUUCAGUUUUCAUGUAAUUAGUAAUUGAAUUCAGUUGUUGACUUUACACAUCCACUAACUUUGACUGUGUGGAUGGUAGGUAGUAAGGGCUUUGAACUUCAUACAAAAGAGUUGGGAUUCAUUUUCAAGUAUCUGGGCUACUGCUAAUAUCCCUCGUGGUACGCUUCAGGUUUGUUGCUUCUUAAUCAUGUUGAUUCCUAUUUCUCUCGCUUCAACACUCAUGAAGGUGUAACUUUUUGCAGGUAUAUGAUGAUAUAUGUUUCUAUGAACUAGAGUAAAAGAAAUUUUUAGAUAGGAACUUUUUGAUGAACUAAUCUCCUUACACAGCCUGUCUCACAAUUACUUGCCUAGUAGCUAGCUCAGAGAGAAGGUUUUGCCAGUGAUAGGUCCUAGUGAGCUCUUUCUGCCUUUUUUACAAUCUAUUUGUUUCUUUUUCUGUCAUUUGGCAGUGCUAUCUAUUAUUUUGAAGGCAUCGCCGGCACUAUGUUUGACAAUAUUCAUAUUCGUGUAACCCCCUUCACACGCACCCCGAGGUCAUGGAGUUCAUACAAUGGUUACAGGACAUUAUGACUGAACCAGAUUAAUGACGCUGUAGCCAUCAAAUAAAUGAUAAGCAAAUCCGAUGGACAAUGGCUUAUUUUGAUACAGAUGUCAUUUUAUUUUUGUUUUAAUCUGGUAAUCAGGAUCUCUUUCCUGAAUUUUCAUUUGAAACGGUUAAAUUCGUACUCAAUUAACUGAUUAUGCAUAGGACAAUCAGUUGGUUGGUUUUAUUGUUAACAUCCAUCUUCAGAGAGGAAAACAUGCGAAUGAUAAGCCGUUUAUGGGAGCAGUACCUUGAAUUGACUUCUCAUUUGUUAUUUGUCUUGUUUUUGAGGUAGGUAAAUUGCUGACUACCUUUUCUUUUACUAGUUAUCGCUUGAUUCCGGUUAGUCUUCUUGGACAUACCGUCCUCAUUGGUGACGCCCUUAGAAGUGAUAAUUUUUCCAGGCUCACCAUCCUCUUUCUUUCAGUAAUAAUCCAAAUACAAUAAAUGUUUAUGCCAGCCAUUUCGUUUCUAAUGUUUGCUGUUGAUUGUUUUUCAUUCGCCCAGAACUAAAAUUAAAUUAUUCUGUUCCCAAGUUCCUUUACCUAGUUUUUAUUGUUAUUUUUCUAAGAUAAAGACAUAAUAUUGUGCCGAAAUGAAAGGAUUUGGGAGCAAAGCUUGUUACAUUAUAGUGAGCAUCUAUAAGCUUGUUAGACUCAAAUCUGUCUGUUAACCAAUGGACGAACUAUAAGUUCUAACAAAAGCAAAUUGGCGGUCAAUGGUGCUGUUAGCCAGUGACUGUUUGAGAAUGAGCUAGAAGGUGUUGGGAUAUUAUUGAGUGUUGAUUGAAUGAGUUAUCAUUCAGGAAGAUAUUUGUGCAAAGGUAUUUGAAAUUUCAAUUCUAAAUUUCGAGAUUGGGAGUGGAAUGGGGAUGUUACAUUCCAUUCCCACUAUUGAUUCCUGGGUUUUUUUGGACUAAAAUGAAAUGACCUUUGGAGGAAGACAUUUGGAUGGAAAAACAUACAUCAUAAAGGUCUGGUAGUAUCUAAUUCAAUGAAGAUGAGAAAAAUGGUAAAAUUGCAGUCUUUAAUUUUUAGACUCUUUUUUUUUUGUUCCCUAAAUGGUACAUCAUUUCAUGUGUAUCUGAGGUGCAUGGUUUUGACCGGAAUUGGGUGGUAGUUGUCGCUGGGGAAAUGUCUGGGAAUCCUUCUUAAUGUAGGAUUCGUAGGAGUGAGUCUUCCAGGUCAGGAGGCGCAUUGAGGGGAAUAAUUAUCAUGAUAUUCACCCUCUCUUUCUCGAUAGAAAGGCAGGGUUCCUCUAUUAAUUUUCGAAUGGUGUUUUAAGCCUCGUGAUUUUUAUCGCUAGUACUACACUUUUGCUUAUUUGGGGAGUUGAGGAGAACAAAUCAGAACUGUUGGUUGGAAAAAGGUUUUCAUUAAUAAUUUCAGGAAUAACUUCUAGAUUUUCUGUCAUGUUUUCCUGAAUUCGUUCUUUCACUGGUUGGUUUUACUAAAUCUUGAAAUUCCGUCCUGCUUUCCAAAUGCCAGGUGACAUUUCUGCAUGAAGGAUUUGAUGAAACUCGUCGCCUUGGACUUAAAUGUGAAACUGAACAGGUAGCACUCUCUCACAAUCUUAGUCACAUCCAUGCUACAUGUACUUCUGUUAUGUUUGUGUGAACAGUGAUUUUUUGUCAGUUGCAUCAACUUUAAUGAUUUCUUUUCAAUUAUCCUCCUGGAGCCAUGAAUCUUUUUCUUUAAUAGUUGGUAAGGAAUGCUUGCCCUUCUGUCGAGACUGGAAUGCUUGUUGUUGAUUCUGUGGUGAGUUAAUCUGCAUUUUUGCCUGUUAUUUAUGACACUGUGCCGACCAUCUAUUCUCUGACAGCUUGCAUCUUUUCCAGGUGCCCGGUGGUCCUGCACAUAAGAAUUUGGAGCCGGGUGAUGUGCUUGUCCGUGUAAAUAAGGACGUAAGUUUUAUGUUUUUUCGAUGUAUCUUUCUUUACUUGGACGAAGGAAAUGCUUGAUUUUUUCCCCUUUUUGGAUCCCAUUUAUUGCUUGUAUUUAGGGCUUGUGAAAUUAAAUUAAGUGCAUUGACCAUCUGAGCCUGAUCUAGAUUUGAAUUAGAUGUAAAGGUUGAUUGAGCCUAGAAAUAAAUAAAAUAAGUAUACUUUUAUAAAGAAAAUUGGUAGAAGGGGUUCAAGUAUUUAAUCUCGAACUCUUGAUUUGAUUAGGAACAAAUUGUCUCGUCUCUCUCCUUAUUACCUAAAUCACUUUUGACAAAAUGCAAUAUUUUCAUGCUUGUUGCUAAAUUUGAUCAAUAAACCGUCCUACAUUUUAUACUAGUCUUUUGUGUUUUUCCUUCCUAGUUCAUUUGCGAUAUGAUAUGACCCUGCUUGUCUAUUGCAUAUAUAUUGCCUAUUUUUUGUUCUAGAUUCGUUCUGGCACGUCUUUUUUCCUAAUUUAUUGCUUGUCAAUUUUUUCUCUCCUGUCAACUCUGUACCUUGUAGAUAUUUCUAAUAUAGCUCUGUUCGGGUUUUCAGGAUUAUUGUAUUUUUAUCUUAUUAUUUGGGUUGUGAUGGCGCUAUUUUGUAUCAUUUGAGUAACUGGCGUAAUAACCAAAUAUUGCACACCACCCCUUGAAGUGGAGUAUGUUAGCGGCCACCGCAUAUGUCUAUGGCAUAGUCUGGUUGCUAACAUGUCAAUUGAUCACGACUUUUCAUUAGAUAUCUAUGUCUCACUAUCUGAUAUUUUUUUUCAGGUUGUAACACAAUUCCUUAGACUGGAAACAAUACUGGACGACAGCGUUCAUGGGGAGGUAGAAUUGGAGAUUGAAAGAGGUGGAACUCCGAUGAAAAUAAAAUUGAUGGUAAAGUCGAGCCUUUUUAUUCAGCUAAUAUUUCUUCUUUCUACUUAUUUUUUUAUGACACUUCUCUUUCGUGAGAAGGGCUUUGACUAUAUUCUGAAGUCAGAAAGCCUUGUUCUGACGAGCAGUAAUGCAUUUCCUUGUAGGUUCAAGAUCUGCAUUCAAUAACCCCAGAUUAUUUUUUGGAAAUGAGCGGUGCUGUAAUCCAUCCUCUUUCAUAUCAGCAGGUAAGUAGUUAAGUUUAAUGUUCCAAUUUAUUUUUUUAAGCAAAAUUUAUUGUAUUUCUUAAAUAUGCCUUAAAUUAUCACGAGUUUACUUAAAUAUGCACUCAACUGCAGUCGAAAUCAAUGAUUAUAUUUCUAACUUUCUACUGGUUUGAUUUCUGUGUAUCGGGUUAAAUGGUUAGAGAGGAUGUCUAAUGACUAGAAAAAUCAUUUUCAUUGAUACUCUUGGAUCUAUGGUUGUUUUUGAUAGCAUAAAUCUUGCAGUACAAUUAUAGUGUUUUUUUACUUUUGGCUUACCACCGGUUCCAUGGUUGGUACCAGUUUAAUAUUAGAGAGAAUGGGGAGUAUCCUUGCAACUAUUAGAUCAAGGCUAAUCUAAACAGACCAAUUCUUUCCUUCAGCUAAACAGAUUUCCUUGUUGGAAAGGGAAAUCAUGUUUUCUGAAAGUGCCCCGAGCACUCCCUUGUGCUUCUGAUAUUCUUUGAGGAUGGUACACGUAUGACAGUUAUAUCACACUAGGAUCUUCGUCAUGCAAUGCCAUCAGCAGUACCUGAGACCCUCCAUAGGGGUGUCCAGCUUCCAUCUUGAACCCUGUUUGAAAGGUUACAAUGCCUGAAGGGCCAGGUUUAGCCACGCCAGAGUCAUCAUAUUGCUCUUGCCAAGCCACUUCCUCAGAUUCCUUCAUGUCUUCUCUCUGCAAGUUUGUUCCAUUAGGCGCGUGCAGGAGCUCUGAUGUUGAGGGAUAUGGACUGUAGAGCUAGUAUAAGGUCUUCACCGUCAUUGGGUUCUUUUUCAAGCUUAACAGUUUAACUGACCAGUUUUGGGUUUAGCUUACUGCCGCUUCCAAGUUUAGUGUCACCCAGAUCACUCAUGCCUUAACAGGUUAAGUAGAUACGCAAGGGCCUGAUUAACUGCUUUGAAGUUAAUCAUCUCCCUUUUUUUCUGAAGUUUCCACUUACCAUUGCUUAUGGGGAACUCUGUUGUCAUGCAAACUGAUGACUGAUGGAUUUUUUAUUGAUCGUCAAUGCACUACUAUUUUUUGAUUUGGUCACCUGUCACUGUAUUGUAUUUGUGUGAAACUUUGGUUAUUUUUUUCAGUAGUUUGUACAUUUGUUACUAUAGGCAAUUUAUUGAAGUAUCAAAUUAAUUUUCAGGCAAGAAAUUUUCGAUUUACCUGUGGACUCGUGUACGUGACAGAACCAGGGUUAGUAUCUUGUCAUUAAUUUGUUCUCUAGAAUCCUGUGUUUUCCAUUGGCCAUCUUGGCUUAUGCGUUUUUAAUGUUUCAUGUAAGUUUUCAUUGCCUUUAAUGUUUCAUCUUGGCAUUUUUCCGUGCAUGGAGUUUUAACUGAACUGGGAAUACGUCAGAUGGUAGUAAAUGGCAUGCAUUUUUUAAGACCUUUUUUAGGUAAUGAUGUUUACAUCUAUAUUGACAUUUUCUUAGCUGUAUUUUAUUAACGGAGUAAAAUAAUUGACACAUAGAAAAGGAGGUGCAAGAAGAUAUGUGAUGGUCCCAACUAGGAAUCCUUGCGUAAAAUUACAGCCAAAAGAGAGUGCAGGGGUUGAUUCAUCAUAAAUUUUGAGUUGUUAUGCCAUCUCCCUUAGAAAACUUUGUGUGUGACAUCAGUUUAGUUGAUACAGGACAUUCGAAUAUGAGUUUCCUAGCAUUGUUUGCUAACAUGCUCUUACUUAUUUUCCAAAAUUACAUAAGUAUCGUAUUAUAUUCUAACUGUCCUCGUCAGUCCAAGCGUAUGUUCGGUAUGUUUGGGUUGAGUAUUUGACUCCUGCUGUCUCUCGUAGUUUUAGGUCAAGAAAUGGUUUCAUUUGCUUAGUAUAUGAUUGUAGAUCAUCAUAUUUAUUAACAACUGAAGUUAAACGGCUUUAGUGUUAAGGUCUUCUGGAGCGAGGAUCAUUCAUAAAAUCCCUCAUGCUACGUUGUUUAUUUUGGUUAUUUAAUCUGAAACGCUUUGUCCGUCAUUCUGAUGUGUUGUGAAAAUCCGAGUCUACGUUAGGCAGGAUGUGUUUAUUACAUAUUUUCUUCUCCAGAGGACACUUUUUUGAACUUUUAUUUUUAUCACUUUAAAAUGUGUUGUCUUUUCUAAAAUUGGAGUUACUUGUAGGGUGAGGUGUUUUUAAUACUAUACAAAACGGUCUGUAUUGCCGGUUCCAGGUAUAUGCUUUCCAGAGCUGGCGUCCCACGCCAUGCAAUAAUAAAGAAAUUUGCUGGAGAAAGCAUAUCGAAACUGGAGGAUCUUCUUUCUGUCCUUGCAAAGCUCUCUAAAGGAGCUCGUGUUCCUUUAGAAUAUGUUAGCUACACGGAUCGCCAUCGUAACAAGGUCUUGAAUGUUUUGAUAUGCAUUCUACUUUUUCCAUUGUUUGGUCUCGUCUUUAUUUUGACUAAAUUUCGUCAGUUCUUAUUAACUAAGUUUUUCAUGCGAACAGUAUGUGUACAAUGUACUUCUUCUGGAUUUGAGAUAUUUUCUUCCAUUAUAAUCUAACAUAUUGAAGCCCAGGUGGCAUUUUCUUCUUUCUACUAUUACAUUUUGCUGAUGGAUAAUAAAGGGAGGGUACUCAUCUGGAGGGCAAGUUGGAUUGGUCAAGUUUGAACAUUUUAACGCGGUGAUGAAGCCUUGUAGAGGAUAGUGUUGUAGGCGAGAAUUAUAGGGUAUGGUAAUUUGGAAAAGCGCUGAGAGAGGAAGGUUUUGUACUCAUAUUUUCAUUCUUUCAUUUAGAUAAUGGUGGAUCUUUGAGAUUUUGUCUAGAUCCAUGUUGUCUAUCUGUUAAUUUUAGAAAAGCAAUCUGCCCCAGUUUACCAGCUGUUUGAGGACCAGGAAAAAAUUAUCAUGUGACAUCAUCUUCUUACAAUCAUGAAAACAUUGUACUACAUAUUAGGAACAGACUCUAAUCAUUUAUAGGGACACCUUCACAAAGAAAAGAAUAACUAAGCUUUAAUUAUAGAAAAUAAAACCUCGGUUUAGAUUGGGAAUGUUUAGUAGUUGAAAUUAAAGGUAGCACAUGGAUAAAGACAAUGCGUUUUAUAAUCUGUUUGUCUUACGAGAAGUUUGAAAUAAACAAUAUGUGAUGGACCAUUUCGUUUUAUUAAAAAGAUAAAUGCACGACCCUAACGGAUAACUGAACCAGGAAAACAAAAACUAGAAAUCGAAAGGCUAAGCAUCAAAUAUUCGGGUAAUAUUUAUUUACUUGUCUGACUCUGAUUUGAGGGAAUACUGGAAGACAAAUAGGAAAUUUUCUGAAUGGAUACUACAAAAGGACUUGGCUGACAUUGUACCCCAACAGCCGUUUCAUUUUCUUUCUUUAAGUCUGUACACACUCUCGUUAGCCUUUUUCAAACAAAAAAGGGAUGUGCCAUUAAAGUUGAUGUGGUAAAUUUUUUGAGAAAGAGGAAAAUGUGAUAAACAACUAGAUACUCUGAUCUUCUUUCAUUGGAAAAAGCCUUUAAUUGUUCCCACAGGGGAACCCGAAAUUCACAGCAUUUCUGUUAGUGCUUGUGUGGAAAAAUAGUAUUUUCAGAGACAUAAUACGGCUAUAAUUGCGGCCUAAAGUUUACCAUGUUUUCGUAAUCAUAACAGUUUAAUAUUUCGUUAUGUUUAUGUGUCUUCCCUAUUUUAUUUUGAGUGACAUUACUGAUAAAAAAAUGAUGUACGGUGAGUUCCUUCUCAAACAGUUCAUUUUUUCCUUUGAUUGCAGUCAGUCCUUGUGACAAUUGAUCGGCAUGAAUGGUAUGCGCCUCCCCUGAUUUAUACUCGUAACGACCGUACAGGUUCCUGGUCAGUUCAACCAGCACUUGCUUCAGAGGCCGUGCUGCUUAAAUCAAGUGUUCACGGAUCUGGAAACACCAUACCAUGUGGAGUAGUAACAAGUGGAAAGCCAGAUUUAUCACAAAAUGCCCUUCAGAGUUCUGGAGAAGGUUGGGUGGAUGGCUUUGCCAGGAUGCAGGGUAAUGAUGAUGGUUCGUUUGGGGAUAUGGAUGUCAGUGAAGAACCUACCACCAGCAGGAAAAGGCGCCGAGCAGAAGAAGCCUCAGUAGCUGAAGGAGGUAUUAUAGCUAAUGUUGGUUUGGACGAGGUUAAAGAAAUCAUGAUGGUGCCACCUACUGUGGAAACCGUUGAUCUUUCUGAUGGUCGAGACAUAGUGACUAAUGCUUCCGUAGCUGAACAAGCCAUCGAACCUACUCUAGUGAUGUUUGAGGUAGAAAACACAUUACUUUGUGAAAUUUAAAAUGGAGUUUUAGGCCAGGAAUUACUCCAAUUUCUUCUUUUUAGAAUGUUUCCUUCUAGUUUUAAAAUUUUUAUUUGACCUGAAAGGUUGGACUGUUGUAUUAUGUUUGCCCGACCUCUUUACCUUAAAACUUCGUACCAUGUAUAUUUUCUAGAAAUUCUAUAAGUUGGUGUUACGAAACUAUAAAAUUUUUAUGCUUCUUUUCAGUUCACUAGUUGGGCCGUGCUAUUGAUAAUUCUUAAACCAUUUCGCCCUAGGAAAGCAGUCGAGAAUGAUAUCAAUUUUAAUUUGUGGAGAUGUUUAGAUUUGAGAGUUCUGGAAUGGAUUGAUUGAUCGAAUGAGGCUUAAUCAGCUCUCUCCAACCCAACCAGACAUCAUUUAUACCUGUGUUAGCAAGAUCAAUCUAGAUAUUACACGAGUUCAAAUAACAGUGGCAAAUGUGGCCUUAAUUUUUUUUGUAUGGAUCUGUUUACUUUUUGUGCAUUUCUGAGUUACAUGAUCUUUUACUUUGUAGGUUCAUGUUCCAGCGUCCUGUAUGCUGGAUGGUGUUCAUUCACAAUAUUUUUUUGGCACUGGAGUUAUCAUCUACCAUUCCACUAGCAUGGGACUAGCUGCUGUUGACAAGAAUACUGUUGCUGUCUCUGUUUCUGAUGUUAUGCUUUCAUUUGCUGCAUUUCCUAUUGAAAUUCCUGGAGAGGUAAUGCUAUUUUCUAUUUUUUUUGGACUAACAUGAAUGUAAUGGACCAUGAUUGUAUUGUUCUUUUGGGUAGGUUGUUUUUCUGCACCCUGUACACAACUAUGCAAUUGUGGCUUAUAAUCCUUCAGCGCUGGGGCCUGUUGGCACAUCUAGUGUUCGUGCUGCAGAACUUCUUCCUGGUUAGUAAUAUCUAUGUGUUUGUUCUAAUUCAAACAAUUUGUGAGAUCAUAUGCUUGUGUCUGGAUAAAUUUUGAGAUUCUCACGUGGAUACUUCUAGUGUCAAAAUAGGAACUAAAAAGUUGAACUUUCCAAUUUAUUUUUUUUCUGUAAGUUUUUUUUACUUUCAGUUAGUUAUUUCUCUUGUUGGCAUUUUUCCUUUUUUUAUGUUACCAAAAAUUGAUCAUAGAAUUAGUUAUUUUGUUCGUUUCUUUGUUUGAUUUGUGAAAUCACUAUCUUAACUCCAAUGAUCUUGGAAGUUCUGCACUAACUUUUUUGGGGAUGACGAUAAGCUGAAGCUAAUAGAUUGGGCUUCACAUGGUACUUCUCAUUUAGUAGUGCUUACCACAAUAAUAUAUUAGUUUCUUGCACAACAAAAUUUCUGUUUUUACAAAUAGAAAUUGAUCCUUUUGUUUUUUUAUUGGUAGAACCUGACCUGCGACGAGGUGAUACUGUCUUUCUUGUGGGAUUGAGUAGAAGCUUGCAGGCAACUUCAAGGAAAUCUACCGUUACAAAUCCCUGUGCUGCUCUCAACAUUGGUUCUGCUGACUGCCCACGGUACAGAGCAACUAAUAUGGAGGUCAUUGAGCUUGAUACUGGUAUAGUUUGGCUAUAGUAACUCGAAAGUACUCUUUAAUAUAUUUCCGCUUUAAUGUACUUGUUAAGCCCUUUUCAUAAGUUUUGUUUUUUUCGACCCAGAUUUUGGCAGUACAUUUUCGGGUGUACUAACGGAUGAAAAAGGAAGAGUUCAAGCACUGUGGGGAAGCUUUUCUACUCAGGUUAGCAUUGUCCCAACUCAGGUGGAGACUUUGGUGAUAAGGUAGGAUGUUCUAAAAGGAAUAUUGAUGAUUGCAGCUGAAAUAUGGGUGCAACUCACUAGAAGAUCAUCAGUUUGUUCGAGGAAUACCAAUCUAUGCAAUCAGUCAAGUUCUUGAAAAGAUAAUUGGUGGUGGUAAUGGACCUCCUCUGCUAAUAAAUGGCAUAAAAAGGCCAAUGCCUCUUGUUAGAAUUUUAGAGGCAGAGCUCUAUCCAACUUUGUUGUCCAAGGCAAGAAGUUUUGGUCUUAGUGAUAAGUGGGUCCAGGUAUGGCCUUUAUUUGAUGUCUUACUUGCUGUAUUUGAUAUUUCAGAUUUUCCAGGUGGUGGAUAUUAAAUUUUGUGGAAGUAUAUCCCCAGAAACGUUUGGGAGAUUAAACUUGUCUUGAGCAGGUUAAAUUCCGAGUAUAUGCAUCGUUGAAGAAGGUAAACCGUAAAGGUUAAAAAACAUAAACAUAAUGUAGCAAAAGGUACCUUGGAAUAGGACUUAUACAUAUCAAGCAAAAGCUUAAGAAAAAUGGUUGAUGUCUGGUGGAGAUGUGUGUGGCUUUUGGAUCUACUCGUAUUAUCGGAAGAAAGGAUGAUUUUGAAGUAUGAAAAAAAGGCAGAUCUGUGUUUUAUAAAGUGUGAAAAGAGAGCCGGUUGCUUUCAUAAUCAUUUCAUGUGAGAAAACUGAAUACUUGGGAAACUUAUUAUUGUACUCAUGGAAUAUAAGAGUCAUUUCAUGUAUUUGGGAUCUAGAAUUUUAUGACAGGAUAUUUCUCUUUUGCUGAUAUUGAAUUUUUUUCAGUUUAUUUCUGAUUCACAUCGUUACUUAAUCCACAAGGAUCUAUCUCCUUAAGUAUGGACUUUGAAACUCUCGGAACCUUUUUGUUCUUGUUAUGAGUUCUCUGUUUUUCCACCUGAGUUUCUUUCAGCCUUUAUGAUCCAAAAUUUCUUUGGUCUGUCUACCAUCAUUUCCUGAAAUCUCAUGCAUGGGUUGUGAAAUCUGUGAGGCAAUUAUUGUGAAAAAAGGACUUCAUCUAGGGCUCCAAGCAUAGACUUUGAAUCUCUAAUCUCAGUCCUUGCUAGAUAUUAUCUUCUGUGGCGAUAUAUAUAUAUAUAUAUAUAUAUAUAGUUGCAUUGUUUUUUCUUGCAUUGCUACUAUAAUGGAGCUGCAAUCAAAACACUUAAGUAUUCUUUCAACAAUAACUUCUAAACCCUGCUUCCCUUUCUGCUCUAUAUAUAUAUAUAUAUGAACCGUUUGGAACUUAUCAUUUUUCUCUCAGGCUCUCGCCAAGAAAGAUCCAGUCAGACGUCAGGUCCUACGAGUCAAAGGCUGUUUAGCGGGAUCCAGAGCCGAGCGUCUGUUAGAGCAAAAUGACAUGAUCCUAGCGAUCAAUAAAGUGCCUGUGACAUGCUUCCGUGAUGUAGAAAACGCCUGUCAAGAACUUGAUAACAGCGAUGGGACACUUAAUGUGACGAUUUUCCGGCAGGUGAUCGCCAUCAUCUGCUCACCAACUCUCCUUUUUCCAAAUAUGGUAGCAGAUAUUCAUCAGUAAUUCAUCGUCUCGUUCUAUCAGGGUCAAGAAAUGGAGCUCAAUGUGGGAACUGAUGUCAGGGAUGGUAACGGCACCACACGCAUGGUCAACUGGUGCGGAUGUAUUAUUCAGGAUCCUCAUCCUGCUGUUCGGGCUCUCGGAUUUCUGCCGGAAGAAGGGCAUGGCGUCUACGUUUCAAGGUACCCUUCUUCUAGCCUUCUAUUUCUUGGUUUUGUUCUGAGAAGUGAAAAAUGAGAGCUUUCGUCUGUAUGAUGUAGGUGGUGCCAUGGGAGCCCGGUGCAUAGAUAUGGCCUUUAUGCCCUUCAGUGGAUAGUCGAAGUCAACGGGAAGCUCACACCGGACCUCGAGACCUUUGUUAAUGUCACCAAGGUACCAUUUUUUCAAGAAGAUGGUGCCUUUUCUCCAAGCUCACAUCGACUGAUCAUGACGUUGACCUACCAAAACGUCGCAGGGGCUGGAGCACGGAGAAUUCGUCCGGGUGAGGACGGUCCACCUAAACGGCAAGCCUCGUGUUCUGACAUUGAAGCAGGAUCUCCACUACUGGCCCACCUGGGAGCUGAGGUUCGACCCUGAGACUGCUACGUGGCGCAGGGGGAUGAUCAAGGCUCUGGACUGCAGUUCCCUGUGA